AAUGUCCAGAGCAAUUCGUAGAUAUGUGAAUUCUAAAGAAGAAAUGGAAUACGAUAGAGGAUUAUCUGCAGAAGAAAUGUAAGCAGCUAAAUUGAGAAAAGCAUUUGUAUAAAAAUUUAUUGCAGAUUUUGAUACAAACUUUUAUAAGACAUAAGAAGAAAGAGAUUGGGGAUAUGUAGUCAGAAGAGAGUAUAUUUAUGAAUUAGAAUCAUAGGUACCGAUAUGAUGUUACAUAUACUUCACUUGUCGAUGGAUGGGCAUGUGCUGCUGCUGUGUCUAUGGUUAGAAUGUUUUAAACAAAAAGAUUCUCAUGGGCACCAUAUUUUGUUGUUUGGCCUAUUGCUUAUCUCUACUUUUAACCAAUUAAAUUUUUGAAACACAAUAAGAAAUAUUUUGAUAUGUGUAAUUUAGGUGAAACAUAUUAUCUUGGUAGAGAGAGAAAUAAGGUUUUGGUUGAAUGCAAUAGAAUAUUGGAUAGAGAAGAUUUCUGAU